GGCGUCUUGCCGGAGAGGAAGGCCUGGAGUGCAGAGGACAUCAAGGUGGAGCUGUCCUCCAAGACUUUGAAGGUUCACCUCAACGGCGAGGCCUUCAAGCCGUUGUGUGGGGAUUUCGUGCAGGAGGUCUACCGCUUCAAGUCAUGGUGGGUGGUGGAGGAUGAGACCCUGAUCAUCAGACUAUUUAAGCGAGAACUGGGCUCCUGGAAAUUCCCCUUCCAUGGGCAGACCGCUGGCCUCUUCAGGCGGAAUCCCUUCCCCUGGAGAACGAUCCAGCAGAAGGUGGGCAUGUCCCACAACGCCCCGGGCCACGGCUUGGCCUACGCCAAGGACGCGCCGAAAGAGGAGGAGCUGCAGCAAGUCGCUCCCGGUCGCCCGGAGACGGAGCCCGGGGAGCUGAGACCUGACGGCGCCGUGGAGGAGCCGGCCCCGGGAGGCGUCUUCGCCAUGCCCACGGGCCACCAGAUUUGUGCGGCCCACGACCUAUGCCUGGGCAUCACCGCGCAGCAGGACGACUUCACCGUGACCAUCGAGGUGCACUUCGAGUAUGAUCGUUACGAGCGCCUGCGAGCCACCUACCCCUUGGAGGCAGUCUUUGGCGCCGACGUGUGGCCCAACGCCGUGUGCAUCUUCUUCCAGGGCGACCGGAUGAACCCCAUUCUGUGGGGAGAGCUGGAUGGCCAGGCAGGUUCAGGCCAUGGCCAGUACCUGGAGGAUAACUUCCUCGGAUCAGAUGCGGAGGCGUGA